AUGCCGACAACCUCAAACAACGCGUCUCCCGUUAAGCGCCCGGGCCUGGGCCGCCGUGCUGUCUCCUCCCACGCCGUCGUCACGCGCUCCUCAUCCUCCUCAACGCAGGGCGAGCUUUCUCACUCGCACACUUCCCACACUUCUCAGCCUCAACAGAGACCUUCGGGGCAUCGAGCUCAUCGAGCACAUCUUGUCGGAGGCGGUCAUCGCAGUCACGGUCGGAAUCCAUCGUUUGGAAAGAACUUGGGUAAACUACAAAGGCAUCUUUCAUCAGGGCACGUCGGUCCCGAAUACCGGUUGCAUCAGCAUCAACGCAAGAAGUCCGCUCCGGUGACACCCGUUGCAAGCCCACCGCGUCAACACGUUCACUGGGAUGGAAUAGAUGAUGCCUCUCCUCGUACUACUGGCUCUAUAAAGAAGAACUAUUCAAGCCCUGCUUUGCGACGGAGUAACUCGAGCGUCCUACCGAAGAAGGCCUUGGUGACUGAUCGCCCACAUACCAGCUCUGGAAAGAAGAAGACGGUCGGCUUUGAACUGGCAGAUUCAACAGACGAAGGCGAGUGGGAGGAUACAACUCAGUCGCCUGAGAGCACCAGGCGCAGUUCUGUGGCGCAAUCCAGAGACGGCGACGAGAAUCCAGUGGUCCUGGUAGAUCCCUUGACGUUUGUGAAACGGUCAUAUCCUCAGUUUCCUCGAGCGACCAGUCUUCCAGAGCCUGCAAGUAGGAGCUUUCACGACGACCAGUCAUCAGGUGAGGACGACGAGCACAUUGAGCGCCCAAAAGAACAGUCUUCGGACACGGAGGAGGCUCCAGAGGAAUCUGGCCGGGCACCCGAACAGGGCGAUAUCGCAUCGCGUCUUCUCAGCCCGUCACAUUCGGCAAAAGCACCUCCCGCCAUGUCUUCAAUAUCUGCCACCGCAACUCCGGCGCCGGUGGAUACAUUAUCAAGAAACGCAUCUCUGACGAACUUGGCGUCCGGCCAGGAUGGCUUGCGAAGACCGAUGUCUACGGCCAAUAUAGUACAAGCCAGUACGCCCUCACAGGCGCCUGGAUCAUCUUCUAUAGAGGGCGGCGUAUCGAGAUUCAUCAACAACAGGAUCGCAACAUCCCGCACCGACUCAGAUCCCAACACUCCAUCUUCGUUUCUUCCCCAUUACCAUCCGCAAACGCCGCCGUCUCCCAAAGGCACGAAAAAGACGCGAAGCUCACCUUCUUCCCGACAACCUGGAACAGAGCCUCCAUCCCGUACUCAGCAAAAACUUUGGCUACAGCGUACGGCAGCACUGAACAACUCACCUCCUGAUUCCCAUGGCGCAUCCGCCAGCGUGUCCCCGUCCGUUACGGACCCGGCGUACAUGAGCGGGAAUGCCCGGGUAGGGCCGGGGCCAUAUGAUACGGCACGGGCACUUGUCAAUGGGGCGUCCAGAAACGGAGGAGCCUUGCAUCAGAGCGAAGCCAAGCAUAUCCGCAAAGCAUACGAGAAGGCCGCCAUGGAACUUACGGUUGUUCGAAGAUUCCAGUCACCCACCGGCGCCAGCUUCACCCGUCUUAACGCGAUUAUCAAGGACUCACGGGGCGGUCUCGGUCAGCCUGUCAAGUCAGCGCCCGCUCUUGUCCUACUACAGCGGGGCGCCAAACAGCAAGAUGGCACCAGCGCAGGAAGCGCCGAAUCAAAACAGCUAGUGGGAAGGAAGCAAGCGGAUCCGGUAUCUCAAGCGUACGUCCAAGACCCAGAGGAUCCGCCGCACCCAUCACACAGACUGUUGUCUACGUCCGAUGAUGCAGCUCAUGGCAGCGGUACGCAUGGGACUGACGAUGACCAUGAGGGAGAUCGAGAUCCAUUCCUUCCAAGUGAAGCUGACAUGAUGAUCCGUCGCAUGUGGGAGAGCCGGGAGGUUGCAACCUCCGGCUAA